AUGCGCUUCGACUUGUCUAGCCUGGCUGUGACGGCCAGCCUGCUGGCAUCUGCCGGCAGUGCGCUAUCGUCCCACGAUGUCCCCUCCGACCUGCCCGUCUCGGCGCUCCUGACGUCGGCGCAGUCGCUUCUGGCCAGGGGCGAGACAAGCGAGGCCCUCGUCUACUACGAUGCUGCCCUCGCCAAAGACCCGACCAACUACCUGACCCUCUUCAAGCGCGCUACAACCUACCUCUCCCUCGGCCGCGCCGCUCAGGCAACCGACGACUUCAACAAGGUGCUUGCUCUCAAGCCUGGCUUCGAAGGCGCCCACCUGCAGCUGGCAAAGAUCAAGUCCAAGGCCGCCGAGUGGGAAGCUGCUAGGGCCGAGUACAAGGCCGCAAACAGGGACCUCGACUCAACCGAGGUUGCAGAGCUUGCAGAGGCAGAGGGCGCCGCCAGGCUCGCCAACGACGCCGCGAGCGCUGCUCAAUGGGACGAUUGCGUCAAUCAUGCUGGUGUCGCCAUCCUCGUCGCCUCCAGAUCUCCGUCCCUGCGCCAGCUGAGGGCCCGCUGCCGCUUCGAGCGUGGCGAGGUUGAAGAGGGCAUGGGCGACCUACACCACGUUCUGCAGAUGCGCCCUGGGGACACGGAUCCCCGCGUCCUGAUUUCGGCCACGACCUUUUACGGCCUCGGCGAUUUCGACAAUGGCCUCGCGCAAGUCAGGAAGUGUCUUCACUCUGACCCAGACUCCAAAGUCUGCAAGAAGUUGCACAAGCAGCAGAAGCUCAUCCACAAAAUCUACACAAAGGCCCAGGGCCAGCUCAAUAAGGGGCAAUCGACGACGGCUGGGCGCACACUCAUUGGCAACGCAGAAGAGCCUGGUCUGAUCACAAAGAUCCGAGAGCAGGUGGAAGAGCUGCGGCAGGAUGGGAGGAUUCCCGCCAAGUCGACGGCCAGAUUAUAUGACCAGACUGUGGAGAUGGUGUGCCAGGCAUACUCUGAGUCAAACCACAGAGAUGCCCAAAAGUAUUGCGACGAGGCGCUGCAGCUGGACUCCCAGUCUUUCUGGGGCCUGGUCCAUCGGGGCAAGGUGCUGCUCAAGAAGGAAGAAUUCGAGGCGGCCAUCGAGGCGCUGAACAAGGCAGCCGAAGCGCGGCCAGACAAGCAGGACAAGGUCAAUCCGAUCCUCAACAAGGCCCAAAUUGCCCUCAAGCAUAGUAAGACAAAGGACUACUACAAAAUCCUCGGCGUGCCCAGAGACGCCGACGAGAGGCAAAUCAAGUCGGCAUACCGGAAAGCAUCGAAGCAGCACCACCCGGACAAAGCAGCCAAGCAGGGCGUCAACAAGGAGGAGGCCGAGAAGAAGAUGGCGUCCAUCAACGAGGCGUACGAGGUGCUCAGCGACCCGGAGCUCCGCACGCGGUUCGACAACGGGGACGACCCCAACUCGCAGGAGAGGACGAACCCCUUCCAGGGCCAGCCCUUUCCCGGCGGCAACCCCUUCAUGUUCCAGCAGCAGGGCGGGGGCGGGCAAGCCAACUUCAAGUUCCACUUUGGCGGUGGCGGAGGGGGGGGGGGCCCGUUUGGGUUCUGA